AUGUCUACCGGUCAGAGCUCCAUCUAUUCCCAAGCCUUCAACUUCGGCUCGUUCCUAGAAAGCGGCGUCGAUCCGCGCACGGGGCUAUACACGUUCAGCGUGGAUCUGUAUGAGACACCAAGUCACUCGCGGGACUUGCCCUCAUUCAAGUUGUCGCUGUUCUAUAAUCCCCUGAACACAGUGGACUCUGGCCUGGGAACUGGCUGGGCCUUUCAUCUCCCUUUUUAUGACCCAGAUACGAAGACGUUAGUGCUCUCCACCGGAGAGAGCUUCAAGGCCACCGAGAUAAAUGACCGGUUUAUCGUUGUUGAUCAAAAGCUUCAAAGCUUCCAGGCGACCAAGCUGGGGUCUGAAUAUCACGUUGUGUAUAAAACCGGCCAGACAGAGGUGCUAUCAAACGGCAAUGGUCUCUAUAACAGGUCUGUUCCGAUCACCGUCUACGCUUCCAAUGGCCGGGCGAUUGCCCUCACCUGGACUCCAUCAGGCUCCGAGCCCAGGCUCAGCAAGAUCCAAGACGGAGCCGAGGUUCUGGUCGAAGUCCAGUACGGAGAUGGCCAGGUGCGUGUCGUUCGACAGCCCGGUACCCCCGAUGAGAAUGUCUUCACUCUUGUCCAAAAGAAUGGUCAAUUGGCACAAGUCCAGUCGCCCGGGGAGAACAUGUCGCCAUGGGAAUUCUCCUACAAGAAAGUUGAUAGUCGGUGGCUCUUGCUAACACAACUGACUACCCCUCUCGGGUCAGUUGAGAGCGUAUAUUACAGACCAGAUGGCCAUCGCCUGCCCAAUGGAGCACCGUACGAGACAAUCCCCUAUGUCACUUCACAUGAGCUGCAGCCGGACCAUCAACAGCCCGCCAUCAGGACAUCGUAUACCUAUUCUGCGAAGAACUUCCUUGGUUACGAUGGCGGCCGGGACUGGACGCCCGACGGCGACAACCUGUAUCAAGUGCCGGCGGGGUACCAGUAUACGUCGACUGCGCGGGUUGAAGACGGGGCUACAACCGUGAAUGACUAUGACAAUUUCCAUCUUCUGGUUAGAACUGAACGGCAGCAGGAGGUUCAGAAAACAACACGCGCUACCGCCUACCAUGCCAUACCCUACAUUGAAUUCAGCGGCCAGCCUCCGCAAUGCCAACUGCCGAGCGUUGUCGAAAUCGCUUAUUCAAAUACACAGUCCCGUUCAGAGCGCAGGGAGACAACCAGGACCAGUUUCGACGAAUGGGGCAACCUGACCCAGGAGAUUCAGCCUAAUCAAGUCAUAGUCAAGCGGACCUACUACCCACCGGAAGGGGAGAGACCGGACUGCCCUGCGGAUCCCCACGGCUUCCAGCGCUACCUCAAGGAAGAAACGGUCGUGCCGGCUGGCACCGAGCAAGGCGCAACCGUCCGCACUGAGCGCUAUACUUACCAUGAGCUGCCGACGGCAAGGGGCGCUCUGGUCGACAUAUAUGUGGUGGCAAAACAGCAGGUCACUCUAGAGGGUGACCGCGUACUGAGCACUGUUGACCUUACUGAUGUCGAUGCUCCUACGCCCAAAGAUCACGGACGCUUCUAG